UUGGUCGAUACGAUAUCCUAGCAACUGUUUACAAUAUGGUGGAUGAAUGAUAUUUUGUGUAAAAUUUUAGUAAUAAUUUGGUGACAUUUGUCGUUAAUUUUGAUUUUGUUUGAAAAGAUAAAAGUCAAACACCCAACAUAAUCAAUCAUGAUGGAUCCGGAGGUAUUUGAUGAGCAGGCUAAAACACUGGUCGAUCAGGUUAUAGAUACAGCACUAAGGCGUCUAGAAACUAGCAUGUCAGAACGAGAACACACAUUCGAAUCGCUAGGUUAUUUUGACUUUGCAAGAGAAAGUAAAAAUGAACAACCAGUAUUGCCCCGUGAGGAUAAUUACGAAAUUAAAAAUAUAAAUUGGUUAACCAUAGAAGAAUUUUCAAUUCAAAGGGCAGAAGAAAAAAUAAAGGAAUUUAUUCAGACAUGGGAGUAUCAAGAUAGUUGGUUAUACUGUGUCGAUUUCCUGGGUAAAGACAGCCACGAUUAUGAUCAUCGUUAUCGAUUCCGUGUAAGAUGGAGUGUACCAACCCGUAGAAAGCCAGUACCCAGAUCGACAGCUUGUGUUUACUUUACAUUUGUUGUUUCUAAAAUUAAACCCAAGGAUCAUUCUGUAGAUGUGUUUUAUGUCUUCGAAACAAACAGACUCGUUCACAGACCAGGACAAUCCAGGUUCAGAGAGAAAUGGCUGAAAGAUAUUAUUGAAAACAAAGUGAUGAUGAUGACAACUGUAGUGUUCUGAGUAAAAUGUUGAAACCACAAAAAAAAACCCCUGAUCAAUUAUUAUUUAAACAGAAUUACUGACUGUCAUUAUAUAUUUUAAUCGACUGUCAAUCGAUAAAAAAACAAAUCAGGGAAAUAUUAGUGUCAGAUGUACUAAUAAAGUAUUAGAAAAGCAGUCCCAAAUAUGUUUUAAUGUGUAAAACGUGAAAAUUCAUGUAUUCAAGACUAUUGAAAAACUAUGUGAAGUUAUAACCUUUUUGAAGAAGUAGAAAUUUUGGGUUUCCAUGUGGGGUUUGGCCAAACUUGAUACUGUGUAAGUAUGUGCCUUGAGUAACUCUAUCUAUUUACUUGCCGACGUUAAAUGAUCAUUGUUAUUAUUGGGGGGGGGGGGGGAGUGGAUGUCAUUGAGAUUCUCUGGUUGUAUGUUACAAGGAAUAGGGUCGCCUGUCCAACCUCGUGGGUUUUUCUCCGGGUCCUCCGGUUUCCUCCCACUGCUAAACACCCCUCUGUGCAAGCGAAAUUAUUGAAAUAAAUUGAACCAUAUGUUAGUCCCGAAAUGACCAAGUUUGUGUCGAGUGGACGUUAAACCCAUCUCUCUCUCUCUCUCUCUCUCCCCCCUUAAAUCAGGGACGUAACCCUGUUAAAACAAAUCUAGUGAUCAUUUGUGAAUGGCCCAAUAUCUUGAUUAGAAAUUUUCAGAUAUGGUAAAGAGGCUAUAUCUGAUCUUUGAUUUACAUAAAUGUUCUGUCUGUCAUAUGUGGGACUGCCCCUUUAAACUAUAAGCAGAAUUUGAAAAGCGAAGAUUAUCAUUAAUAAUUUAUUGGAAAUAUUGUUUUGAAUGUACAUGUUAUCACCAGUCUGUUAAAUUCUUGUAAAAGGAUUAAAGAUAUUGAUUUUUAUUCUGUCACGCUGGAUUAUUUUUAUCAAUGUAAAAUCAGCAGCCAAAUUCUGCUGUUGAACAACUUAUCCAUAUUUCAUUAGAGAAAACUUUUAUAUUAUUUUUAUCUCCAUUUUAUAAAACAAGCCUUGAAAGAUAUUUAUCAUUCUGGAUCAAUAACUCUUGUUUCUUUUAUUUUUAUACGAAACUUACCGAAUUCAACCCAGAUUUAUAGAUUAAAUAUUAUUCAAGCUUCAUGAAUUCUUAUAUGGGGAUCAUAGUGUAACUGCCGUUUUAUAUGUAAAUAAAUAUAAUUUAUAAACUGAA